AUGCCAGUGGAAACAAACGCAUCAGUUGUUUUUAAUGAAUUAGAAGACAAAAAAGGUUCUUUAGAAUUUGAUACUGUAGGCAUGGAUGAAGAUGCUCAAGGAGCUCCACAGUAUCCAUGCAAUGCGGAUGAUUUGUUUGAGAUUCGUUUGAUUGAUGCUGUAGAGAAAAAUCAAUGUAUAUAUAAUAGAUGUCAUCCUCUCCAUAAAAUGGCUGAUUAUAAGACUCAUAUAUGGAGUUUAGUUGCCAAAGAAGUCAAUUAUGGAGGACCGGCGGUAGAGUUGGAGCGUAAAUGGAGACAUAUGAGAGAUCGAUAUGUCAGACUUCGAAAAGUUGUUAAAACAACACAGCCACUCAAAAAAACGGAUAAAUGGUAUUUUUAUUAUCAAAAAAUGUCAUUUCUCGAUCCUUACGUUGAACAUCGUAAUAGACGGAAGAGAGGAGAAAUGUUGACGAGUAUGUCAAAUCCGGAAAGAGAAGAAGUCGCUCAUCAAGAUUGCCCAACCGAUAGUUUCACUGAUCGCCAGGAAGAAGAUGGAAGUGAUUCUGGUGAAGGCGAAACAGAGAUCGAUCCUUUGAAAGGAUUUUAUGCUUCUUUCCUUAGUUCAAAUAAUAGUAAUAAUAUAUUGGUUAAUACUCCGGAGGCUCCUCUCCCAAAACUGGAAGCGUCGGAUAUACAGAAGCCAUCACCUCCUGCUCCGGUAGCAUCAACGUCUGGAACGUCUCUCCAUCAAUUGCGUAAACGUAGAAUGGAUGAAGGUGAAGAUGAAUUAGAAGAUACAGAGGUUUCUCUGUUUGUUCGGUCAAUUCAUAAGACUUUAUCAGGGAUGGACGCAAGGACAUUCGCUCUGGCUCGUCUCGAAAUUUCCCGAGUUUUAUUUGAUUGUCAAUUCGGAUCGAAAGAAUCGAAAUCAUAA